AUGGAGGAUAAGGCGCAGUACGUAUUUGCUCUGUUGGGGAUAUUGGCUACCCUGUACUUCGUACGUUGGAGUACUGAUCCAUUGCGACACAUCCCUGCGAUUGGCCCAUCUGCACCUAUCGUCUCCUACCUGAGCGCAUAUAGGUACUGUCGCAAUGCUCAAUCAAUUCUGCAGGAGGGCUAUCACAAGUACAAGGUCUUCCGUGUCUCCCUUGUGGACCGAUGGGUGGUGGUUGUGAGCGGCGCGGACAUGAACGAGGAGCUCCGCAAAGUACCUGACACUCACGUCUCCUUUCAAGAAGCUGCAGAUGAUCUCAUUCAGUUGAAAUAUACAAUUGCUCCGGAUGUUAACGAACAUCCGAUUCAUACGCCUGUAAUUCGUGGACCGCUCACACGUAACCUGGGCGCAUUGUUCCCUGACGUCGUGGAUGAGAUCAACGUCGCCUUCCCAGAGCUCAUGCCACCGGCUGCUAAACGUGGUGACUGGGUUGCCGUGUCGGUGCGCGAUACCAUGGGGCGCAUUGUUUCCCGCGCAAGCAAUCGUAUAUUCGUGGGCCUACCAUUGUGCCGCAAUCCAGACUACCUGAAGACCGUCGUGGAAUUCGCAUUCUCUGUAGCCAAGAGUAGGACCAUCAUAAAUGCCGCACCGGCUGUCUUCCGACCCAUUGUGGGACACUUCCUGCCUUGGGCUAAGCGUGCGGUUCGGAAUGCCGGAGUGCAUGUGAAGCCAUUGAUUCGCCUGCGCGUCUCCAAAAUGCAGGAUGCCGGUGACGAUCAGACAGACAAGUCGUGCGACUAUCUCAUGUGGCUUAUUGAAGAGGCCCAGAAGACCAAGCAGAACUUGGAUAUCGUUGUUCAAGGCAUCCUGGUCUCUAACUUCGCUGCCAUCCACACGUCGAGCAACAGCAUCACGCAUUCGCUCCUCAAUCUUGCCGCAUACCCCCAACACGUGCAGCCACUCCGUGAAGAGAUCGAAGGCAUCAUCAAGGAAUACGGUUGGACCAAGGAAGCUAUCGGCAAAAUGUGGAAGCUAGACAGCUUCAUGAGGGAGUCGCAGCGCCUGAGUGGUAUCUCUGGCAUUUCCGUGAUGCGCAAGGUCCUGCAAGAUAUCACGUUGUCUGAUGGCACGUAUCUGCCAAAAGGAACCCUCGUCGUUGCUGCGGCCUUUGCGACUCACACCGACGAGAGGUACUAUGAGAACCCCGAGGUGUUUGAGCCGUUCAGAUUCUACGACAUGCGCACCGAGAACGACGCGCUCCGCAAACAAUACGUGAACACCUCCAGAGAGUUCAUCACCUUUGGUCACGGCAAGCACGCUUGUCCCGGCCGCUUCUUCGCUGUCAACGAGCUCAAGGCGAUGAUGGCAUACAUCAUUCUACACUAUGACGUGAAGCUCGAGGAGGGCGUCUCCAGGCCGGAGAACGUGUGGAUCUGGCACAAUAUUUCACCGGCGAGUACAAAGGUGCUUUUCCGCGAACGCCAGUCGAAGGUACAGUGAGGUCAUGCUCUGUACCUGGCGCAGUGUUUGUGAUGUAGUUCUAUCUUACCCUCAUGCUUGAAUAUACCAUUGUGCUCGUCGUUCCUAGACACAGGGCACCGGUGCCAG